AUGGCUGAUCUAAAAGAGCGCCUGCUUCCUCCGAGACCUGCGUCAGCUAUGAAUCUCAGAGAUACAGCUGUUACUCGGCCUUCUGCUUCUGGAAGAGCACCUCUUCUUGGAGUUGAUGUUGUGGGUCUGAAGAAGCGUGGACAAGGGCUAAGGUCAUGGAUUCGUGUUGAUACCUCUGGGAAUACUCAGGUCAUGGAGGUCGACAAGUUCACCAUGAUGCGUAGAUGUGACUUACCAGCUCGUGAUUUAAGGCUGCUUGAUCCCUUAUUCGUGUAUCCCUCAACAAUCCUCGGCCGAGAAAAGGCUAUUGUCGUCAACUUAGAGCAGAUCCGUUGUAUUAUCACUGCUGAUGAAGUUCUGCUCCUGAACUCACUUGACAACUACGUGCUGCGGUAUGUCGUUGAGCUGCAGCAGAGACUGAAGACGAGUGGUGUAGGUGAGAUCUGGCAGCAGGAAAGUGCUCAGCCGAGUAGGAGAAUGAGUAGGAGUUUUGACAAUGUUUUUGAGACUUCAUCUCCUGAUUAUUUACCUUUCGAGUUUAGAGCUCUUGAAGUUGCUCUCGAAGCUGCUUGUACGUUUCUCGAUUCUCAGGCUUCAGAGCUGGAGAUUGAGGCAUACCCGUUACUAGAUGAGCUUACCUCAAAGAUCAGUACACUCAACUUGGAACGUGUGCGUAGACUAAAGAGCAGGCUUGUGGCGCUGACGAGAAGAGUUCAGAAAGUUCGUGAUGAGAUCGAGCAGCUAAUGGAUGACGAUGGAGAUAUGGCGGAAAUGUAUCUCACAGAGAAGAAGAAGAGAAUGGAAGGGUCUUUGUACGGUGACCAGUCCGUACUUGGUUACAGGUCAAAUGAUGGUAUGUCUGUUUCUGCACCGGUCUCUCCUGUUUCUUCCCCGCCUGAUUCCCGAAGACUCGAUAAAAGCUCGAGUAUUGCGAGGAGCCGGCAUGACAGUGCAAGGAGCUCAGAAGGCGUAACGGAGAACAUAGAAGAGCUUGAGAUGUUGCUGGAAGCUUACUUUGUCGUCAUUGAUAGCUCUUUAAACAAACUGACAUCGUUAAAGGAGUACAUUGAUGACACUGAGGAUUUCAUUAACAUUCAACUGGAUAAUGUGCGGAAUCAGCUGAUCCAGUUCGAGUUGCUUCUCACGACUGCGACAUUCGUUGUAGCCAUAUUCGGGGUUGUUGCUGGGAUUUUUGGGAUGAACUUUGAGAUAGACUUCUUCAACGUGCCAGGUGCAUUCAGAUGGGUGCUUAUAAUUACUGGAGUCUGUGGCUUUGUUAUAUUUUUGGCAUUCGUCUUGUUCUUCAAGUAUAGAAGACUCAUGCCUCUAUGA